AUGCUCACCCGCCGUCUCGCUGUCGCCGCUUUCUGUUUCGUCCCAGCGCUGUCGCUCGCCGACAAGCCGUUCGUCCCCGGGACGGGCGAUCACAUCUACCAGGCGUUCGACGAUUUCGAAGACGCCAACUGGUCGUACCGGCUCAACCUGCCCAAGAGCAGUUACGAGCAGGACGAGAACCAGCGCGCGCCCGGCGCGGUCUCGGCCAACAAGCUCUGGCAUGAAGGCGCCAAACGCGGCACGCCCGACGUGGUGAAGCGUGUCGCCACGCCGCCCGGCGGCAUCCCCGGCAGCGAGGGCGCCCUGCUCUUUCAAUCGAAGGACACCGGCAUCCCCGGCCGCAUCACCAACCAACAGCAGCAGGACGACCUGCUGAUGAAGGUCGAUCGGAUGAUCGGCCGCUCGAUCCCUGUCACUUGGCAGCCGAGCUGCACGGUGCGCGUCUACCUGCCGCCGUUCGAGCAAUGGGAGCAACGCAGCGGCGCCAGCUUCGGCAUGCGCGCCGACUGCCGUGGCCGCAUCCCCGAGGGAGAGACCGCCGCUUACUGGCCGGGCAUGUUCAUCCUGUUCCAGAAAGGCAACGCCCAGAACGGCGGCGCCGACCACGCCCAGAUCACUGUCCGUUCCAACGGCAACGGCCAGGACAUGCGGAGCACCAAGAUCACGGAGCCCGGCUGGUGGACGCUCGGUAUGUCGUUCACACCCGACGGGCAGAUCCACUACUACGGCCACGCCGGCGUCGAGGACCUGACCGAAGAGGACUUCCUGGCGUCGAGCUUCCCGUACAACUACCGCUGCCUGGCGUUCGACAACUUCUUCUUCAACGUCGCCAACUGGGACAACGGCAAGUCGUGGAGCACCCCGUGGGUGAUCGACGACCCCAAGGUCUUCGUGAUCCCGCCCGCCGGCCAGUCGAUCGCCAGCCUGCCGCGGAAGAAGGGACAGCGCGUCGAGACCUUCCCGAUCACGCACAUCCACGACGCCGACAAGCCGAAGUCGAAGAACCCGUUCAACUUCCUCUUCGGCGGGAGCCGCAACGCGGGCGGCUGGACGGCCAUUCGUGGCGUGACGCAACUUACGCCCGUCGGUAAUCGUGUCACGCCUCCCGGCUUCAACGCGAUGAGGGACCAGGCCUGCUCAAUGGCUUGA